AAUAGCACCUAGGGUUUUCCACAGUUCUAUAAAUACCACAAAUUCACCAUCUUUCCAUACUCAGCUGAUAAUCGAAAACACCGUUUCCUCCACCCGCCUCCCAAAUCAAUCUCCAAUUCGAAGUUCCAGAUCCAAGAUAUGGAUCCUAUGCCUGAGCCUGUUAGUUACCUAUGUGGUGAUUGUGGAAUCGAGAAUACUCUGAAGACUGGUGAUGUUAUUCAGUGCCGUGACUGUGGUUAUAGAAUCCUUUACAAGAAGCGCACCAGACGUAUUGUGCAGUAUGAGGCUCGUUAAGGAACUUUUUUUCAUGUUAUUAACUAAUAUGGUGUGUACAAACUGUUAUUAACACUUUUUAGUGAUGGGUUAGCCUCACUUAUUUCACUGCUUCACUUCUGUUCCUUUUUAUCGAGGCUAUUGUGGACCAUAUACUUCAAAUUGUAUAAUGAAUUUGGGAUCAUUGCUUUGCAAUUUUAAUCUUUGUUUGAUUUUAUUGUUAA